GAUUCCAUAACACCCGAGCAAAAGACCAGAAAGAAAAUGUCUACCAGGUACCACCAAGCUGCCAUUGAUGGUUAUCAAGACAUCUUAAAAGAAGCUACUAAAAAGGAUAUUAAUAAUUCAGACGCAGAUGGAAUGACCCCGACUCUGCUGGCUGCUUACCACGGACAUCUGGAGGUACUUGAGUUGGUGUGCAACCGAGGCGGAGAUCCGGAUAAAAGUGAUAUCUGGGGAAAUACCCCUCUUCACCAUGCGGCCAAUAAUGGUCAUGCUAAUUGUGUGGCGUUCCUGGUUAACUUUGGAGCCAAUAUAUUUGCCGUGGAUAAUCAAUUCCGUACUCCACUGGACGUGGCUGCCAUUAAAGAACGUACAGAUUGUGUCCAUAUCCUAGAUGGAGCAGCAAAUAAACAGAUAUCCUUAAAUCCUAAGAAAGUAGCCCGAUUGAAGGAGCAAGCCACUAAAGACGCAGAGAAGAAGAUUAAGGAAUGUGAGAAGCUGCAGGACCGGCAUCAAAAUCAAAUGAACAAAAGUUACAACAAACAAAAUUCCAAUACUUUUAAAUCUUCCACGGGAACAUUUUCAAGUUCUACAGGCGCUGGUGUUUCAACUCCAUCAACAAUAUCCACUUUGACCAAGGGUUUGAAAGACACAUUGCAGUUGAAAUUGAAAAAGAAAGAUAAAAAUACAAACGACAAAGGAACAGCAAGCAAUGUGAUCUUUGAAAAGGAUGAAAGUAACAUUGGUCAUCGAACUAAAGUCAUGGAUGUCUUUAGUGAAAACGACGAAGAUAACCAAAAAGAUGAAGACAGCUCUCCAGAUAAAAGAGAAUCCAUUUUCAAUCGCCCUGGGCUUGGGAAUAUAGUUUUCCGAAAGAAUCUCGCAGCAGCCGUUAAUUCCAAUUUUGAUGUUGGGUUCAACAUUUCAGAUGAGUUGUUUAAAGAGGAGGUAGAGGAUGCUAAUAAUUCAGAUGCCAAUAAUGAAUACAAUGUGCCUUGGAAUGAAGAUGAGGUGGAGUCAGAUGAAGAAGGCGAAAGCUCUCCUCUCCAGGUCUUCUUGGCAUCCAAUGGUUUACUUGAACUGUUUGGCACACUUACAAGGGACAAAAUUGACCUAGAGUCACUGAUGCUAUGUAACAAUGAAGAUUUGCAAAGCAUUAACAUACAGCUUGGACCGAGAAAGAAGCUCCUCAAUGCAACAGAUAAAAGAAAGCAAGUUCUGGAACAACCAGGCAAGAUCAUUGAUACUAAAUUAUAACCAUGUAAUUAGUUAUAUUCAUUUCUAAAAUAGAUUGAUAGAUAGAUAGAU